AUGCUUCCAGACUUCUUGCAGAGUAGCUAUGCACGCUACAAAGCAGAUACUAGUACAUUUGCGACUUGGCUUCUGGAGACAGCCCACCAAUGCGGCUAUCAACCACCGUUUCUCGCCGAUGCCCUCCCCCAGGCCAGUAAGGGCAAAGGAAGAAGCAGAAAGAAAGGCAACCAAAGAGCCAAGCAAGGAGGCAAAAAAACGAACAAAGUCAAGCCCAGCAUCGGCGAUUCAGAUGCAAAUCCGAUUCAAUAUAGCGCAACCACUAAAGACCUGCAAAAACUCGCCGAAGUGAUAGCGGGUUCUUCUCUCGCGGUACCCAGAUCAAUUCUCACAAUUGCGAAACGCGCCAUCAAAUUGAGGAAGACAGUCACUUCUUGGUUUUUGGGCAGGGGUAACUCUGCAUAUACCAAUCAGCAUGCUCAUUUCAUCACGGUGCUGGAACAAAUCUGCGAGGUUCUGGAAUGGAAGACUUCCAAGACCUCAAAGCAAGACGCCAAGCAACCACCGCCACCGAAAUCUGAGGAGGAACUUGAUGAUGCCAAUAGCGACAGUUUUUUGAACAGAUUCGCUGUGCUCACAGUCGAGGAACCUCAGGAGACCACCGAGACCCAAGCGACACCCGUCGAAACCAAGAAGAUAGUCAAGGUCAAUGAUGUUGAAGAGGACGAAGACGAGGAAGCAGACUCAUUACUCGGUCAAUUGCUUUUCAAGUCUCUCUGCCUGCUUCAAGAUUUGAGCAACAUAAGGAAAUUUAUUUCUAUAACCUGGGCGGAGUAUCGGGAUCAAAAGAUUGACCUCAUGAAUGCCGCUAUCGUGACUGAUAGUGCUUUGAAACUUGCUAGAGAUCUCUCGCGGGAGGUUGAAGCUGACUGGCGCGCUACUCUUCCGAAGAGGCGGGAAGGUUUCCAGGACAUUAUCUAUAAAAUCGCUGUCUUCAACCGCGGCAUCUCCGGUGGUCCAUCGGCCGAGAUUGGCUUACCAUACAAUAAGCAUAUAGCUAACGAGGCCGAGUGGUGCUAUAUACCAACGAAGAUUCUGCUGGAUUCCUUCACAGACGUUCUCGAGGAUGGUUAUCUACCAGUUUUCAAGAAAGGUCACUUUGGCCACUAUGAUCCGCAAGCGGACCGAGAGCGAAUGUCGCUCAGACAGAAGUUCAACGAGGACAAGAUUCUCCUUUGCUCGAUCUUGCCAGACUUUUGCAUGAUGGAGCCACUCAAAAUUCAUUUACCCACCGAGGAUGCAAUCACGCAAGGCCUUACCGAAUAUGCUCGAACUAAAAGGGUUACUUUAUGGCUUUCAUUUACCUCUCAGAGCUUCCUUGAUAUACAUCAUAUUAUACGGCACACCCCUUCGGGUGCCUUUAGAGACCUCCAGAUAUCUAGGAUACGCAUCAACGAAACUAUCGAGGACUAUUUCCAGCUCGCCAAAACGCACCCCAGUCCCAAGUUCUAG